CUCUCUAUUUCUUGAUUCUCCCCUCACUAUAGCAAAAAAGAUACCCAUUCUAUUGUUCACUGGUAACUUAGAGGGCGAGAUGACAAAGUGGGAGAGACUCCAGCUGAAUCCAUUUAUGUACAGUAAGGAGACGCUACUCUAUAAAGAUUAUCUGAAACAUUUUCUGGAGACUGACUCUGGUGGAAGAAACUUCUCUUUUUUCCUGUACAAAUCAGAUAAAGUCGGAGGGCAAGACGACUUGUCAGAAACAGAAAGUGAAAAGGCAAAAGUUGAACUCAUGAAGAACGAUUAUCGUGGUUUUGUCAAGUCAAUAUUCCUGGAAUCAUUAGAUUUCCUAGUCUCCUCUGCCAGGGAUGGAAAAAUAUUUGUCUGGGGGUUUGAUAAAAAAGCUGCUGCUGUUUUACGCUCAAUGGAUCAACAGUCAUCUCUCUCAAGCAUGAACUCUGAUAGAGGACCCACUGAAGAGGAAUUGGUGACAUACGAUAGAGUUGCUGGUUUCAUAUGUGAAAAUAUCUUGAAUGGACACAAUGGGCCGGUCCAAGCACUGGUAGCUGUUGAGAACUCCAGCAGCACUAAACAUAUCUGUCUGAUAUCUGCCGGUUGGGAUUUAUCCUUAUGCAUAUGGCUACUCCAGGAAGGAAAACUUGCCGUUCAAAUAAAGGACUGUAUACCAGAGACAGAUAGAGAUCACUAUGAUCUCAUCAUUACUGAUAUUGCUUUCAAUACUAUCAAUGACACAUUUGCAUUCUCUGCUUCCAAUGGAAAUGCUUAUUUGUGGAGUUUCUCACUUAAGAGAACUGAAGUGAAGUUAUUGGCUACUCUACGCAACCACACAGACGAGGUGACACAGGUGUGUUGGAACCCUUGCAAUCAGAAGUGGGUCACUGGAUCUGAUGAUAGUACCAUAUGUAUAUGGUCCUCUGAUGGAUCACAAUGUGAGAAUACACUAGCAACACGAGGCCCAGUCUCCGUGGUAUGUAUUGACACUGAAUAUAAUCUACUGAUUGUGGGAGUCAAGGAAUUAAUAAAAGUGUACAACGAGAAACUGGAUGUGGUGCAAGUCUAUCACGGGCACACUGCAGUGAUCCAGAGUAUAAUAGUAGUCCCUGAACUGUCUCAGUACAUAUCGGCCAGUCAGGAUAACACUAUGCGUAUUUGGAACUCAUUCAAGCCAAAGGAAGUCUCAAAGAAACUAAGACGCGAGAGCAGUGACCUCAGUUCUACUGCUACUGAUCAGCUAGCAUACGACACUGAUGAUGAUGAUGACGAUGAGCCUUCUUCUCAUUAACACAGUCUAAUAAGUACUCUCCCUCCCCGCCUUUAGACUGCCUUGUGGUUAAUCUCAAGAGUUCAAGACCUUCACGGUUUAUUUAAUUUCUAUUAUUUGUAUUUGUAUUUCCACCACACAGUAGCCGACAGUUAUAAAUGAUUUUUUUUGCACAGCAUCACUUAUUUUAUUUUAAUUCUCUCUCUCACUUGAGCAACAACAGAUCACUAUAGUAAUAUCUCUAUUUUAACUCCAUUAAUUUUAUUUGGCAUUAUACAUUAAUUUCUUUGUUAUUGUUAACAAUUAAGUCAUGUGUUCAUGUAACUUUAUUAAUAUUUCUUGUUAGAUUAUUUAUUUUAUUAGAAGAUAAAAUUAAGGUUUCUCUAAUUAUGUUGAUCAUGU